AUAUUGGUAAAGAACUUUUCCUGAAGGUCUUUGUUCUUUGUUUAAUCAGUCAUAUCCCCUGAAGAUUUUCUUUAUCCCCAAACUAGCCCUGAGUUCGACAGAAAUGGAUAAUUAGGCUCUGGAAAACAAAUCCAAAUGGUGGGGUUUGCUAAAUGCCAAUGUCUGCUAUCUUCUGUCUCCUCCUCUUCUUCCUUCUCUCUCCUCUGAAGGUUCCUGCUCACCAAAUACCCCACUGUUUAAUUAAAGGUUUACCACUGGUUAGAAAUCUUAGUGGUUAUCCACAGAAUAACUUUGGAAGGGAAGGUCUUUCACAUAUUACCAUUGCUGGUGCUGUUUUGGAUGGAUUGAAAGAGGUUGAAUUAUGGCUUCAGACUUUUUCUCCUGGAUCUCGGACACCGAUUCAUAGACACUCGUGUGAAGAGAUAUUUGUUGUUUUGAAGGGGAGUGGAACUCUUUUCCUAGCCCCAGAUUUGCAUAUGCGACAGCCAGCAAAGCCAAAUGAGUUCUCUAUUUUCCCAAACAGCACCUUCUCUAUCCCUGUAAAUGCAGUACAUCAGGUAUGGAAUACGGCUGAGGAUACGGAUUUGCAGAUGCUUGUCGUAAUAUCUCGUCCUCCAGUCAAAGUGUUCAUUUAUGAUGACUGGCUCAUGCCACAUUCUUUAGCCAAGCUGAAGUUUCCCUACUAUUGGGAUGAGGAGUGCUUCCAUCUUUCUAAGGAUGAUUAUAAUGAUGAAUUGUAAUAAUCUGCGACUUCCAAUUCUUCUUUUCUGUACAUUUUGAAUGCCUUCUCUUUCACAGAUUGAUUAGUAUUAAAUUGUUCUCUUGAUGCUAUGGUCAUAUUGAUGAUUUUUUC